UCAGUGUGCUAUAAAGAAAUUGUAGUGAAUAUAUAAGGCAUGUUGGGACCUCGAACUGUUUAGUCUUGCACCGCGGGCACGGUGAACCGGUCGCAUUGUGACCCCGAACACUCACUCCCCGCUGUAUCCACGGAGCUAUCAAGCAUGAGGGCAAUAGUUUUGGCCGUCCUCACGGUGGCUACGGUCUGUAGGGCCGCGACACCAACUCUACGCUUCGCGUGGAAAGAAGUGGACUACACCUGGGACACUCCCGCUGAUAAAGAGAAUGCCAUCAAAGACGGCACGUUCGUCCCCGCCCACAACCUGCCGCUUGGCCUGGCGCGCUGGAAGAACAAACUCUUCGUCACUGUACCCAAGUGGAAGAAUGGUGUGGCCUCAUCCCUAAACUACAUAGAUGUGGAUGGAGCGCAGGAUCAGCUGCUGAAGCCGUACCCCUCGUGGAAAGACAACCUCAUUCCUGACACCGCGAAGGAGCUUCCCUCAAACAGUUCGAUAGUGUCAGUGUUCAGAGUCUUCAUAGAUGACUGCGAUCGACUCUGGGUUAUGGACUCCGGUCUGGCUGAUAUUUUGGGAUCGCCGAAUCAAAUCACGGGUCCUUCCCUCGCCAUCUUCGAUCUGAACACUGACGAGCUAAUCCACCGCUACUACUUCAAAGUUGAAGAUAUGAAAGAGGACUCGUUCUUUGCUAACGUUGUGGUAGACGUGGACAAGAACAGCUGCGACAACGCCUUCGCCUACAUCCCAGACCUGGGCGCCUACAGCGUGGUGGUCUACAGCCUGAAACAGGACGACUCCUGGAGGAUCGCCCACCAUUACUUCCACUUCGACCCGCUGGCUGGCUCCUACAAUGUCGGCGGCAUCGAGUUCCACUGGACCGAUGGAGUGUUUGGACUGGCGUUGUCGGAGCCCAGGGAGGAUGGGUACCGCACGAUGUUCUUCCACGCGUUCUCGAGCACGAAGGAGUUCUGCGUGUCCACGGAGCUGCUGCGCAACUACACGCGCCUCGACAAGGAGGAGGCCUUCCAUGACUUCAAGCUGCUGGGUGACAAAGGACCUCAGACACAGACUUCAGCCAGCUUCUACGACCCAAAAACCAAAGUUUUGUUCUACUCACAGGUGAACCGCAACGGCGUGGGGUGCUGGAACACGGAGAAGCCGUUCACCACGGAGAACAACGCGCUCGUGUUCAGCGACCCCAAGUUCGAGUUCCCCAACGACUUGAAGGUGGACAACGAAGGCACCCUAUGGUUCCUGGUAGACAAGCUGCCCCGGUUCAUCUACAAGGGGCUGGACUCCAGCGAGGUGAACUACGGCAUCUACAGCAUAAACACCAGCGAGGCGGUGGCUGGCACCGUCUGUGCUUAGGGUUAGAGGGCGUUUCGUGUAAUAAUGGUCAAUGAUUCUGUGCUUAGGGGAUGUUAGAGGGAGUGAAAAUGAUCGUAUGAUAUUCAGUUGCAGUCUAAAGAUAGUUCUGAAGGGCUAGCUCGGGGCGUGACAAAAGUUUUGCAUCGGGCUCACUCACAUCGCGCAGCCUCAAAGCUGGAUAACUUUUGUCACGUCUUAAAUGCGCUCCGUGCUGGGUUUAGUACCACUUAUUUAGUAUAAAGAGUACCUACUUACAGCCUUCUUAAACCCCUUCGUAACCCUGUGACUCAUCACUAUCUUUAAGUAAGUGUUCAUUUGGAUCUGUCAACCUGAAUAUGUUUUAUCAUAACGACCACUAGAGGCGCUGCAUCCAUUCUUACGUGAAACAUAGUUUCCUACUGAGAUAUUUUAUUUUAAUAGUAUGUACUUGUGGCAAUGAAUGCUCAUUGAUUUAUAUAGAUUAUUAUUAAGUGCUGACUGAGUGAGUGAUAAAUUUUGUGAUUGAUUAGAAGACAAGUACUUAUCCUACCGUUUUUGUUUUUAUUACGAUUAAAAACUGAAAGGACUGGUGAUAAUAAACACAGAAAAAAAA